AUGGAGUUUAACCGAGAAAGUGAGGUAAGAGAGCUGGAGAGACAGUUCAACGACUCAAUAGAGCUGCACGACGUAGGAGGCAAAGAGAAGAAAAGAGAGAGGGAGUUUAACCCGUUCAAGGUAAAGUACGAAAGCACAAGAGACGAAAAAAUACAAACAGUGGAGCAGGAGCUCUCUCGGCUGAAAGAGAUGCAGAGCAGAGUGCUGGGCAUCCAGGGAACGCUUGGAGAGACGAUAGACAAAGAGGUGAAAAAGACAAAAGAAAAAGAAGUGAAAGAAAUAAAGAACAAGUACAGGAUACGGAUACUGGAGAUAGAGGCAAUGUACAGAGAAAAAGAAAAAGAGAUGAAGAAAGAGUACGAAGAGAAAAUAGAAAAGAUAAUCUCCAAGCUAAAAGAGAGAGCGAAAGAGGCGAUAAAGAACAGAGUCUCUGAACAGGUUGAGGAAAUAAAGAAAAGUGUAGAAAAAAAAGUGCUGGAAGUAAAGCUGAGAGACAAGGCAGUGAUCGACAAGCUUUCGCAGAUGUACAUAGACCUCAAAGAAAAGUACAAAAGAGACAUACAGAAGAUAGCAAAGCAGUAG